AUGAAGUUCUUCGACGUUGUGGUCUUCGUAUUGUCUUUCCCUAUCGGAUAUGAGGGAAAUGAGAUCGGGAACUUGGUGAAGAAGAUGAGAAGAUUCGACCACUUGGGAAAAGAUUUGAAGCUGUCGGGAAUGCUGGAAAUUUUUUUGGAGGAGCCAAAUAUUCAGGAAUGCAUCUGGAAGUGCGACAUCAACGAGCACAAAGGCAGAGGUUGCGACGGAGUCAACUACAACCCCGAGUUGAGAGAAUGUGAGCUGGUUGCAAGUGGUUCCAGCGGCCUUAUUCUCGACAGAGGCUGGUUGGCCUACUCAAGCCUUCACCAUCAACCUUCAUAUUUUCUUCCGAAUGACGGCAUUGAGAGGCUAAAUAAGCAAUACAUAGGGGAAUUCGUCCUACAUAUAUAUGCGAAGGAAACGCAGAGUUUUCCAUUCACCAUGAAGUUCUUUGACUUUGUGGUCUUCGUAUUCUCUUUCCCUAUCGGAUAUGAGGGAAAUGAGAUCGGGAACUUGGAGCCAAAUAUUCAGGAAUGCAUCUGGAAGUGCGACAUCAACGAGCACAAAGGCAGAGGUUGCGACGGAGUCAACUACAACCCCGAGUUGGGAGAAUGUGAGCUCGUUGCAAGUGGUUCCAGCGGCCUUAUUCUCGACAGAGGCUGGUUGGCCUACUCAAGCCUUCACCAUCGGAAGUUCCAGAAGUUGGCGGAAUGGGUGGAGGCGAGCAACGGGAAAUACCCGGUCGGAGCCCUGGAGGGCGGGAAGACGUCCAGCGGGGAGAAAAUCUACGUGGGAAGGACCAAACACGACAGCGACAUCCUGCCAUGCAAGCUCCAUCCUUCCCACUCGGCCUGCUACGCACCGUAUGGCGGGAAGGAGAUGGAGAAGAAGACCUACGAAGUACUGGUGAAUGGCACCGAGAGAUACCUGGACUGGGUGGCAGCAUCCGGGGUGUCGGUCCCAGAUGGGGCCCUUCUGGGAGGACGCACGGCAAUGGGCUUGCCCCUCUUCAUCUGCAGGUGCAUGCACGAGAAGGAUUUCGUCUGCGGCAAGGCAAGUCGCGAUCUUCAGUUUCAUCCCGGUCUCGUUCCGACCCCGGGGAUAGGGAAGGGGGGAAGGGUGAAGAGGAAGUCUCUUUCAUUCGUCGCUCUCAUCUCUGCCUUCACGCAGAGUUACUUGGAUCCCCGAGAAUUCUACUCGCGAGGGCUUGGAUUGCGUGGACGAAUCGAGAGGCAACCAAAACGAAUGCUCGGGUGCGAGAAUUGA